AAAAACCCCCCGAUUACAUUAUUCGAAAGACAAUGUAUCCAUCAUUAAUCCUAUUUCUGCUGAUAGCAGGAGCUUUUGCUCAGAGUUCUUCUUACUCUGGCUCAAACUCCAAUUCUGGAUCUAGUUCCAAUUCUGGUUCUGGUUCUGGCUCUAAUUCUGGAUCUAGUGCCUCUUCUGGUUCUAAUUCUGGCUCCAAUUCUGGAUCUAGUGCCUAUUCUGGUUCUAAUUCUAAUUCUUAUUCUGGCGCCGAUUAUGGUUACUACCCUGGUUUCUAUAACGCCAAUUCUGAUUCCAAUUCUGGCUCCAGAUCCUCUUCUGGUUCUGGUUCUAAUUCCGGUUCUGGUUCUGGCUCUGGCUCCAAUUCUGGAUCUAGUGCCUAUUCUGGUUCUAAUUCUAAUUCUUAUUCUGGCGCCGAUUAUGGUUACUACCCUGGUUUCUAUAACGCCAAUUCUGAUUCCAAUUCUGGCUCCAGUUCCUCUUCUGGUUCUGGUUCCAAUUCCGGUUCUGGUUCUGGCUCUGGCUCCAAUUCUGGAUCUAGUGCCUCUUCUGGUUCUAAUUCUAAUUCUUAUUCUGGCGCCGAUUAUGGUUACUACCCUGGUUUCUAUAACGACAAUUCUGAUUCCAACUCUGGCUCCAGUUCCUCUUCUGGUUCUGGUUCCAAUUCCGGCUCUGGUUCUGGCUCUGGCUCCAAUUCUGGAUCUAGUGCCUCUUCUGGUUCUAAUUCUAAUUCCUAUUCUGGCGCCGAUUACGGUUACUACCCUGGUUUCUAUAACGCCAAUUCUGGUUCCAAUUCUGGCUCCAGUUCCUCUUCUGGUUCUGGUUCAAAUUCUGGUUCUGGUUCUGGCUCUGGCUCCAAUUCUGGAUCUAGUGCCUAUUCUGGUUCUAAUUCUGAUUCCUAUUCUGGCGCCAAUUACGGUUACUACCCUGGUUUCUAUAACGCCAAUUCUGGUUCCAAUUCUGGCUCCAGUUCCUCUUCUGGUUCUGGUUCAAAUUCCGGUUCUGGUUCUGGCUCUGGCUCCAAUUCUGAAUCUAGUGCCUAUUCUGGUUCUAAUUCUGAUUCCUAUUCUGGCGCCAAUUACGGUUACUACCCUGGUUUCUAUAACACCGAUUCUGGUUCCAGUUCUGGCUCCAGUUCCAAUUCUAAUUCCUAUUCUGACGCCAAUUCUGGUUACUAUCCUAGUGACGCUUAUUACUCCGGUCCCGACUCAAAUUCCUCUUAUGGCUCCAACUCCUCUCCUAACUACGGUUCUAACUCCGGUUAUGGCGCCACUUCUGCACCCGGAACUUCUCCUGGUUUCUAUUUUGGCUCUAACAGUGGUUACACUUAUGGCUCUGGAAGUUGUCCCGCAAUAUACCGUCAAGAACCAAUUGAAUUGGAGAAAAUUGAUGGUUUGUGGUAUGUGUUCGCCCAAGAUGAUGCAGUUUUAGAUGAAACUCUGAAAUGUUACUUGAGUUUAUGGUACACUAACUCCAAUGUACCCCGACCCUAUGCUGUCUUCACUGCUCAGUCAACCCAACUCAACGAGACCGUAGAAAUCAUCGAGAACGUAUCCGUCACGGAGACAAACAAAUUGCGUGACGAAUACCAUGUGCCAAUUUUGGGAAGAGUCACCCUAGACCGUGACAUUAUUGGAGGUGACUACGUCAGCUACCUGGUCAUAUACACGUGUAUUGAUGGACCAAAUGGACCAAUGUCAUUCACCCGUGUCCUCACAAAAUCACCUGAGCCCUUAUUUGCUGUCUGGCCCAAGAUGAUUAUUUCCAAAAUGUUGACUGCUCCGAUUCUGUUGUGGUUGAUUGCUGGUGCAUUGGCCACUAAUUACAAUGGUUCACCCUCAAGCGGAGGUUCUUCAUCAGCAGGAGCUUCUUCGUCAGCGUCGGCUUCUUCCCACGCUCAGUCAUCGUCUCACGUGAAACCUAAACAUCCAGAUUGCGGUCCUUGUCCUUGCAUAAAGGUGAACCCAAUUGACUUCCACAAAAUGUCCGGAUCAUGGUAUGAAAUUCAACGAAGCAAAAACAAUUACGAUAAUUCUGAUAGAUGUUAUAAAUUGACCUGGAGCAAGCCCUACGGUAAUCACUCCACACUAACAUACAAAAGUCGAUCGAACAUAAAACAUGCUACUAACACAAUGAUAUCUACGGUACAUUCGAACGAUCAAGGAACUGGCUUUACUUAUCGGUUGCCAACUUUGGGAAGUAUUUUUAAAGAGCACUUAAUUCUUGACACCGAUUAUAAGAACUAUGCGAUAGUUUAUAGCUGUGAAAUGCACGGAAAGAAACACUAUGAAUUUGGUUGGGCAUUUUCACGGAAGCAAAAGCCAAGUUGUGAUAUUGAAAAAAUAAAACAAAGGGCUUAUGCUAAAUACAAUCUUACGGUGCCGGAUAUGGUAAAGCAUGAUCUUUCAAGCUGCUGCGAAGCCUUCGCUAACUACAAUUUUUGCGAGUAAAUUUUUAACAGCUUAUGUUUUUUUGGAAUUAAUAAAUAAUUCUAUAUAAUAAUCUAUGAAUUUUUAUUAUUUAUAUAAAUAAAUAUUUUCAACACUCAAA